UUGUUUAUUCAAACCGGCAGUAACAUUGAUAAUAUCAAAAUUGAAAAAAAAUUAAUAUUAAAAAUUAUUCUAAAGAAAUAUAAAAAUUAAAAGUGGUUAAAUUUUUAUAUGAAUGAUCGAUCAUGGCAGAUGAAUUAAUCAUUCUCAAAGAUCUGCGAUCAAUUCCAGAUAAAUAUUUUGAGUAUACCCAAGCUUUGCGUGAAUUUAAGAUACCAAUUGUCAUUGAUAAUGGUUCAUUUGCAUGUAAAGCUGGUUGGGCUACAUCAACUAAACCUGAACUUGUUUUUAAAAACUUAUUAGCUCGGCCUCGAAAGGAAAGAGGGAAAAAAGAUGGAGAAACUUUGAUUGGAAAUGAUAUUCCAAAUUUAGAAGCUGUCAGAUUCCAAUUGAAGUCACAAUUUGACCGUAAUGUUGUUACACAGUUUAAUGUUCAAGAACAGAUAUUUGACUAUACAUUUUCUCAUUUGGGAAUCGAUACAGAAAGAUCUAUAAAACAUCCAAUUAUCAUUACAGAACCUGUUGCUAAUCCUAAUCAUUCUCGUUUAUUAAUGUCAGAGUUAUUGUUUGAAUGCUACCAUGUUCCUGGUAUAUGUUAUGGCGUUGAUGGAUUGUUCAGCUUCCAAAAAAAUAGUCAACAUAAGAAUACUGGUUUAAUUAUUAGUUGUGGUUAUUAUACGACUCACAUAAUUCCUAUUAUCAAUGGAUCUCCUAAUUUAAUUAAUUGUCGAAGAAUUGAUGUUGGUGGAUAUCAUAUUAUUUCUUAUUUACACAAAUUGCUUCAACUGAAAUAUCCAGCACACUAUAAUGCUAUUACUCUAAGUAGGGCAGAGGAGUUACUUUAUGAGCAUGGUUUUAUAGCUAAUAAUUAUUUUGAUGCCUUGAAUUUAUGGUCAGAUGCUGAUUAUUAUGACCAAAAUGUUAAAAAAAUACAAUUGCCAUAUUCUAUGGCUAUUAUUUUAACCCCAGACCAACAACGGGACAAACGCAGAGAAAUGGCAAAAAAGUUAGUGGAAAUGAAUGCAAGAAAAAGAGAUGAAAAGCUUGCUGAAGAUGAAGAGCAAUUACAUCAGUUAUUCAUGAUUAAAGAAAUGAUUGAUGAUGGGGAACCUAUUGAAGAAGUUAGAGAAGUAUUGCGAUCUCAUGGAUUAAAAAAUGAUAAAGAUUUAAAAAAAAUGAUCAAUGACCUGCAAACAAGAAUUGAUAGAACAAAAUCCAAAAUUGCUGCAUCAAAUGCUCCUCAUGUUGAUGAACAAGUUACUGAAGAACCAAAGUUGAGAUUGUUUAAAAAUAUAAUACAACUUCCUAAAGAUGAACCAGUAAUGAAAACUUGGCUUAAAGAUAUUUAUAAAAAAAGACAAGAUAUAAUUGAUAGGAAAGCAGUUCGUAAACAACGAAGGCAGGAUAUGGCUAAAAGAGGAACUGCUGCAUCAUUAGAACGUAUGCGGAUUAUUAGUCAGUUGGCUCGUAAAGAUAAAAGAGAUGAUGAUUUUGGUAGCAGAGAUGAAGAUUGGGAUGUUUAUAAAGUUAUUAAUAAAGAAGGUGGUGACACUGAUAGUGAAGAAGAACAAGAAAAAAUUAAUGAACUUGAAGAAAUUUUGCGGUUCUAUGAUCCAUCAUUUGUUAGUUCUAAUACGAAUGAGGAGCAAAAUCCUAAAGAAGCUCAUCAAUUGCAUUUUGGUGUAGAAUGUAUGCGUUGUGCAGAAGUUUUAUUUCAACCAUCCAUGAUUGGUUGUAGUCAAGGAGGUAUUAUAGAUACAAUAAAUUUCACACUAAAGAAAUUUGAUAUGAAAAUAAGCAGUAAAUUAGUAGAAAAUGUUUUUCUUACUGGUGGUCCAUCGAAGUUACGAGGUUUUGCACAAAGAAUGCAUAGAGAGCUUAAGGAAAUGAGACCAAUAGGAUCACAUAUAAAUGUUCAAUUAGCAGAAUCUUCUUCAUUGGAUGCAUGGUAUGGUGCAAAAAUGUUUGCAAAUAGAGAAGAUUUUUUUAAAUAUUUAUUAACACCUCAAAUGUAUGCAGAAAUGGGUGGAGAUUACUUUGUAGAACAUGAAUGUUCAAACAAGUAUUAUCCCUUACCAGAGGCUAUCCUAGAAUCUGAAUUUCUGAAUGAACAGAAUACUGAUAUUUAAACAAAUUAUUUUUUACAAUUAUUUUUGUAUACAUUUUAAAAUAAUGAACAAAGGCUGAUUUAUAUUAUUAUGUAAGAAAUGAUGCAACUUUUUAAAUUGACUUUAAAUUGUAGAUGUAAGUAAAUUUUUUUUUAUAAAAUUAUACUUUAAGUUAUUAUUGA